AUGCUGGUCCACUCGGCCUGCAGAGAAGGCGGCGUGCGCCCAAACCAGGGCGCAGGUGGAGGUGGGACGCUGCCCGUGGCUGCGCAGGAUAACGCAGAGCUGAAGGCGCGGCCGCGUCGGGGCACGGUGGAGGACUCCAAGUCGGUGCAGCAGUACGUGCCGGGGGUGCGGGUGGAGUUCCCGCGGCCCAUCAAUGCCGCCGGCCUGCACCCCACCAGGGCCAUGGUGCCGUCCAGCACCGACCCCUCUGAGAGCAGCGGGGGGGUCCCCACGGAUGGGGGGGCUGAGCCCGCCGCCAACCUGACCACGGUGUCCGACAAGAGGCUGCAAAUCCAGAACCCGCUGUACCCGGUGACGGAGAACUCCUACAGCGCCUACGCCGUCAUGUUCCUGUCCCUCAUCGUCUUUGCGGUGGGCAUCAUUGGGAACCUCUCGGUGAUGUGCAUCGUGUGGCACAACUACUACAUGAAGAGCGCCUGGAACUCCAUCCUGGCCAGCCUGGCUUUCUGGGACUUCCUCAUCCUCUUCUUCUGCCUGCCUGUGGUCAUCUUCAACGAGAUCACCAAGAAGAGGCUGCUGGGGGACAUCUCGUGCCGCGUCGUGCCCUUCAUGGAGGUAUCGUCCCUGGGAGUCACCACCUUCAGCCUCUGUGCCCUGGGCAUCGACAGGUUCCACGCGGCCACCAGCCCGCAGGCCAGCGCCCGGCCCAUCGAGCAGUGCCAGUCCAUCAUUGCCAAGCUGGCUGUCAUCUGGGUGGGCUCCAUGACGCUGUCGGUGCCCGAGGUCCUGCUCUGGCAGCUGGCCCAGGACACGUCGCCCGUGUCCGGCGUGGUGACCGAGUUUUGCACCAUGAAGCCUUCGUCCAACCUGCCCGAGUCCGUCUACUCGCUGGUGCUCACCUACCAGAACGCCCGCAUGUGGUGGUACUUCGGCUGCUACUUCUGCCUGCCCAUCCUCUUCACUGUGAGCUGCCAGCUGGUGACCCGCAGGAUCCGCGGCACCGAGAAGAAGGCCGAGUGCCGGGGGACCAAACACAGCCAGUGUGAGAACCACUUGAACUGCACCAUCAUCGGGCUGACCGUCAUCUACGGGCUCUGCACCACCCCCGAGAACGUCUGCAACAUCGUGGUGGCCUACAUGUCCCCCGACAUGUCCAAGCAGACCUUGGACCUGCUCAACCUCAUCAACCAGUUCUUUCUGUUCUUCAAGUGCUCGGUGACGCCCGUCCUGCUCCUGUGCCUCUGCAGACCCCUGGGCCAGGCCUUCAUGGACUGCUGCUGCUGCUGCUGCGAGGGCUGCGGUCCCGACGCCGCCUCCAGCGAGGGCAGCGCUGACGGCAAGCUCAAGACAGAGAUGUCCUCCUCCAUCUUCUUCGACAAGCCCCGGGAGUCCCCUCCGCCCCUCCUGGCCCUCGGCACGCCGUGCUAAGUGCCAACCAGGAGCCGUAGAGAGCAUUUCACCACCUCCUCCCAAGACCAAACGUUGUUUUUGCCGUUAGUGCCCCGUGCCCGGACGUGGAGCAAGCAGGAGAGUCAGCUCAGGGGCUGCACCGUGGGCUUCAAACCCCGUGUUGGGCGAGGGGCGUCCCGUCCCCGUGGCUGCAUCAGUGGCCUUCUUGCCUCUGCCCAAAGGACGUCGGCUCCCUCUGUGCCUGGCCAGGCUGGGGGGUUGCUGCUCUGCUGAUGGAGUUGUGCAGGAAAGGUCCCAUCUGCUACUAAGGAGGGUUUGCAGAGGACUUAGCAAACACAAAGUGCCCUCGUCCUGUCCCGUCCCCUCCCGCCAGCCCUCUCCACAGUAGGAGAAGGUCCUAGCGACCAGAUCCCAGCAGUGCCCUGUAAGAGCUCAAUAAACCAGUAAACUAGAGCACAUCGUGCACGGAGACAUGCAGAGCAAUGGGGGUCAGAGCAGGGUGGGUUGUGUGACCCCACGCUCUCCCCUUAGACCUGGGGGCUCUGGGUGGGCACGGGCAGCUCAGUGGGGUGAGGACACGUGGGGGUCAGGAAAGCAGCGGUGCUGGGCCAGGCAGCACCUGAGGGCGAUGGUGGUGCCUCCAGCUGAGUGCCAGGGCAGCCUCUGCCGAGCUCCUCCAAGCGCUCAGUGCUUUGUGGGGUUGAGUUGGUCCCAGCAAGGCUCAGCACUGAGCGGCCCUACAGCCUGCAAAGCACUGUGCAGAACCAAGAUCCCACAUCUCAUCCAAAGAGCCCCACGCAGCGCUCCCGGCUCCUCGUCCGCUUUGCCCAUCAGGGGCACAAAACCCACCCGAGGUGCCGAUCUCAAACCAGCACACGUUCCAAACCCAGCAUCCGCGUCUCACCAGGGCUCCUACCAAGGCAGGCUGCCGGGAGCAGCGAGGGCAGGCUGGCCGUGCCGGCCCCCCCGUGCUGCCCCCAGAGCCGAGCUGUGAAAGCGCCUUGUGUGUGCGGCUGGCAGCCGCCCCAGCCCGCGGGAUGCCGGGGAGAGGGAGACGGUUGCUACGGGCGGGUGAAUGCGAGGGGCUCACUGUGGGCUUUGUGCAGCAGCACCCACCGAGCUUUGCUUUCUCAGCCCUGUUGCCAGGGAAACAAAAGCCCCAGUUUUCUUCCCGGUAGCACAAAACUGAGUUUUUCCUUUCCCUCUGCCAGCCCUCCCCGCGUUGUGCUGACGAUGCUGGGGCUGUGGGGGUUUGGGGGCACCUCACAGCACAGGGUGCGUACUGGGGCACAGAUGCCCGCCAGGGUCCUGGUUGGGGCAGGGUUCCCCAGGGCUGGGCCCCCUGCACAGGCAGCAGCGUGGUGGGAGGAAGGGCGAGGUGGCCGCUCUCAUGCGCUCACCCAGUGCCGCUCCGUCCUGAGCCCCGGCCAGGGGCGGACAAAGGCCGCUUGUUGCUGCGGGCGCGUGGGGAGGAGGGAGCCAGGCUGGGGGCAGGGAGGGGGGGCUGUACAGCCCGUGCAGGCGAGGCAUGGUGCGUGUUGCACCCCAGUCUCACUCAGAGCCCACGGCCGGGUAGGCAGGCAGGGUGCUCUGAGCUCAAAGCAUAAUUCCAGGUGCAGGGGGACAGCCCCUAGGAGACACACGGUAUGGGGCUCCCUGCCACCACCGGUCACAGCCCACGGGGCAGAGAUGGGGCAGGACUCUCCAGCAUAGCUGCUCCAAAUCCAGCACUGCUAGCCCAUGAUAGGCCCAGAACACAGUGUGGGAGGGAGGAGAGUCCAGAAGCAGCGACGGCCACAGCUGGAGGGCUUGGAGCCCAGCUCCAUGUGUAAACAAUGCACUGGGAGCCUCGGAUUGGCUCCAGCAGGUCCUGAGUGUCAUCAAGGACUGCAAUCCGGACAGAGGCACCAGGUACUGCAGGGCGAGCACUGGGACCCGGGCGCUGCCCCCAAGGCACAGGCAUAGUCCUGAGGGGGGGAACAGUGGCAGAGAGGAAGCAACGACUGCAACCACACCCACCAACGCAAAAUUGUUAAUUUAUUAUUAUUAGGAGGCAAAAAAAUUGUACAGUUACAAGAAUCAUUUCCCAACAGAGGUCAAAUUUGAGCCAAAAUCUCUCUUA